AUUACAAGACAACUGCAAAGCAGGAAUAUGGGUAUGGGAAGAUCAAAACAAAGGGGUGGGAAUGACCUCACCAGCUAAUUCUAUAGAGACAUCCAGUGCAAUUACAAUUGCUUUUGUCGUGAAAUGUCUCUGUCAUUCUGACCAACUCAGUCAAUUGCUCACUUCCAAACAUCGAAUGAUGUGUAAAGUGAAUGCUUUUAAAACUGAAAUGGGAUAUCCUGAAAUAGCAAAUAAUAUUGUGUUGAGAGAUCACUAUUUUCCGCCUGCAUAA